ACAUCGUACUAAAAGGUGCGUCAAAUCCACGGCGUGCGUCGAGGGUUCUGUUGUUUUUCAAAAUUGAACAUUCGUAGCAACCGCGUUUCCAGUAGAGAUGCUUCCUAUGCUUCCCUUCUUAUGCUAUCUUCGUUUCUAUUUAUUAAAAGCAACUGUAUUCUCGACUGUAACAGGAAGGUCAUCAUAGCUUUAAAGCUGGCGCUAAACAGGAAGUGAAACUCUCCAGCUUGACUUGUAUUUUCCUCUUCGGUUCCCGUCAGUGUCUCCGGGAUGCUGAGCAGGCGGGCGGGGCCGUUAUUCCUUGCAGUGCAGCCCUGAUGUAGCAGGACGACCAGAAGGGACACAGAAGGAGCAGAGGACGGUUCUCACGGUUCAGUUUGCGAUAUCGUUUUUUUUUUUAUCUUUAGCAUUCUUCAGAUUAAAUAGGAUACAUAUGCAGUCUUAACGUCAAAAGCGUCGGCGCCUUCUCAUACGGACAUCUUGAUUUUCUCACAUCACUGUGUCGGAGAGCGGAACCGUAUUUUUCUGUCGUGUCAGCCUGCUUGGAAGUAGCGCUAUUUGUGUGUGUGUGUGUUUUUUUUUAGUGGAACUCUAAAUCCCACAGCAUGGCGUGGCCCUGCAUCAGCCGGGCGUGCUGCAUGGCCCGGUUCUGGAACCAGCUGGACAAGGCUGACAUUGCGGUGCCUUUGGUUUUCACCAAGUACACGGACGUGUCGGAAAUGCAGCACAUCCAGCUGCAGCCGUCGCUCCAUCCUCCCCAGGCCCGGGUCGCCAUAGAAACGCAGCCGUCGCGCGCGGAAACCCGCUUGGCGAAUGCGUCGCGCGGGCCGCGCAGGUGCGUCUCCGAGGAGCGCGUGUGCAGCUCGGUGAUGCGCGAGGACUUCAAACACUGGAAAGUGAGGCCCGAGCCCAGCUGUAAACCCAGGAGCGAGUACCACGAGCCGGAGACACCGUUUAACACCGAGACCCAGUACCAGAAGGACUUCAAGCCCUGGCCCAUCCCGAAGAGGUACGACCACCCCUGGAUACCCAAACCCCCACCGAGCGCCGGCGACGACCACCGACCCAGGCACGUGAAAAAGCACGUAGCGCUGGAUGCGGAAUGCGGCGUGGAGAAAGGCGCCAUUGCCGACAAGGUGCAGGAAAAAGACCUGCUGCAGGGGCAGGAGAGGAAAAAGCGGUCCAGUAAGCAGGAGGGGCCGAAAAAGGUUGUCCUGAAGGUGGAGGCAGAAGGCAGGGGGAGGGCUGCGGUGGAUGCCCUGAACCGACAGAUCAAGGAGGAGAUCUCAGCUGGCAGCUCCUAUAAAACCGAGUUCAAGGCGUACAAAGACGUGAAGCCAGUGAAGAUGAUUCGGGCCAAGUCUCAGUACCUGCCUCCAGAUGAAAAGACGAGCUUAGAGACCAGCUACAGCGCCAACUUCAAGGCGCUGGCUCCGCUGCAGCCCACGGACAACAAGGCCCAGGAGAGGAGGAGGAUACGCAGUUUGUACAGCGAGCCUUACAUCGACCCCAGCAAACAGGUUGACAGGUAUAGUGUCCCGCGCUCUAAACCUAAAAAGUCUGGAGCUGCCGCAGCCGCAGGCCAGGGUAAACCGGUGAGGAAAGCCAGAGAUAAGCAGAGCGCCGCGCUGAAGGGCUCCAAGAAGACGACCUCGGAGAACCAGCCCGAGAACCGGCCGGCGGUUGGGGACAAGGAGAAAAAUCGCUAUAGUAACGAGUGGGCGGAAGCAUCCUCUUUCCUGUCUCCGCCAUUUGAUGCCACCCACCUCCCCCCUCUCCGCUCGCCUCCAUCUCCAGGUUGCCAUGGCUACUCGGCUGCCCGGCCAACCAAUGGAUGACUUUUGUUGCAUGGGCCCAUUUACAAGCACGUCUGAAGGGUUGGCUUUGAUCAGCUGAGCAGAUUGCUUUGUAGAGUUUAUCAAGGAUUAAUUUAUAUAUUUUUUCCUUUCUUUUUGUUUUUUUGAGGGAGGAGGGCUUGAAGAAAAAGUGACUCAUAUUGGCUCUUUUGGAAAAAAACACAUUUUUUUUUUGAUGAUGCAAACUGGAAAAUCUUUGAUAAAUGUCCAGCUUGGUUAUUCAUGAUGUGUGUGUGUGAUCCACAGCUUGUUCUGUACUCGCUCUGUUUGCCUUUAUGUCACUGUCUCUGAAAGUGUGUUUGGCAGUAUCACCAUCUCUGCUUUGGUAAAUGUGAAAAAAAAAUGUCAUUUUCUGAUCGAAAAUGUCUUUAAUUCAUCUGCAGAUCCUGUUUUCCCAUUCAACAUCUGCUCCUUUCAUGUGAGCCUCAUUCAUACCGCGGUGCUCUGGGACACCCAGUUUGUCCUGAAAGCAACGGUUAGGUUACAUUAAACCGAUUAUGCAUUAAGGCCUAGUCUGUCAGAGAACAGAGGAGGAUUCCCUAUGAAUUACAUAAUGAUAUAAUGCAGGCGUAACCCUUUUAAACCGCAGUACUAUCAUUUCUCAUAAUAAGAUUUAGGGAGAGAGGCACUCAGAGGAGCUGGGAACUGUUCGUGUUUGUUUACUGUGUGUCUGUCGCACAACGCUCACAGCUUUCAGCCCGACUGCUCAUAACUCAGUGGAAUCACCUCCGACACUCUUUAUUAGCAAGGUUCCUCCGUCUGAGAAGCCACAGUGAUGCGACUGUGUGAAUGCAGAGACACACGCCUCCCUGUACGGCCUCUUUUGUUAUGCACUGAUGUUAUUUCACUGGCUUGGGACGACAAGAAACGGAUCAUAAUUCAGCUUUUAGGUUAUUCAUACCCAGAUGCACAGUGACAAAGAUGUCAGUGUUUAAUCUACUUCAGAUAUUAGGGAUAGAAAGUUGUUGUUUUGUUGGUUUUAAAUGCUAAUUAUGAAAACAAACACCGCUAGUAAAAAAAAAAACUUGGACUUUCUACACCACAGCAUUAUUUAUUUUUACUUUGUCCUUAGAGCUCUUUUCAAAAUAGUCAGCGAAGAUAGUCUGAUUUAUUUUCCAAACCAUUUAUUAUGGUGGGACUCAAUUAAAGUUUCUAAUUGAGUUAAUUGCAGGGUCUGUAAUUAAUUAACUGCAAUUACUCCCAUUUUAAUCAAAACCUAAAUAUCAAGAAAGCAAGCAACAUUAUUAAUUAAAAAAUGUUAUUUUCUGAAUAAAUAGAGGUCAACAACAAAGAUAUUGUUUUUAAUCUAUUUCUUGUGUGUCAGAUUUACUGGCAUGCCAGAAACAAAUGAGUACAAAGGUUCCUGUCGCAAUUUUUGUAUGUAAAAUUAGAUUAUUGGUGUUAAAAUCGAUAUCAUUAACUAACUAAAGUAACAGAUUAAAGUCCAGGAGCUAAUCAAAACUGCUACUAUUUUUGCUAAUACUAAAAUGUGCUUUAUUUAUUUUUUUUAUUAUUCAGCAGCCUUCACAAUAUGUUGGAUUAAAGUUAGUAUUAGAGAUGCUGGUGAGCGUAAUCAGAUAGUUUUUAACAGUGACACAAAGUCCAGCUUACUUCUGCUUAAUAAGCACACCAUGCUAAAUGCUAACAGGUCACAUAGACAAGAAAUGUUUGGUUUGGGCUCUGUUACUGAGUAAAAUAAAACACUUGGCUGGCUCUUUCCAGUUACACUGGUGUGUUAAAAAUGACAUUAGGGGAGAACUGAGAUGUACCAAGUUUUGCAAAAGAAAGCCGUAAUUUUUAUGACAUAUCAUCUAGACAGAGAGAUCAAGAGUUUCAGCAGAUAACAGGAAGGCUUGUUGGAGCUCAGCACAGUUGCUCUGUUUUCCUGCUGCUGGAUUUGGAAAUGGCAGCCUUUCAGAAACCUGAGACAACCAUCCACAUCCUGUAGAAUAUAAUGCAGCUUUAGCUAUGCUAGCCUCACUCUCUGUGCCGAUCGCUAAAGACAGAACAAAUUGUAAAAUCCUCAAUCAUUUUCAUCUUGUUCUUAGCUAAUGGUAAAAGCCUGAUGUACAGGAACUGCUCUUUCACACAGCAGCGAUGCUCCUGGUGUAAAUAAUUAAUGACUGCCAGAGGGCUAGAAAAAUACAUUAAUAAUGGUAUUCUUUUAUCCUCUUAUAUUGUAUUUUUAAGAGAAAAUCAGCAUCGGCACAUCUGAGAUCUACAAACACAGAAGGUUGAGCAUUUAUGGAAGCCUGUUUCUGCCACAAAAGGAAAAAUAAAAGCCCAUAAAUAUGGAUGUAAAAUUGUUUUUGACUGAAAGUAGAAAUGACCUUCAAAGUCAGAAUUAACUUUCUAUCUCAUUAUUAGUUUUAUAACUAAAACUUUCUAUCUCAUGAUUAUGACUUUGAAAGUAGAAAUUAUGACUUCCUACCUUAUAAUUAGGACUUUUAUUCCCAAAAGUAUGAUUUUAAAUCUUGUAGUUAUGACUUUCUGUUGGACUUACUUUCAUUCAUGGCACAAAUGGACUACCAUAAACAUUUGUCCAAAGAACUGAUCGGCGCAAAACUUUAUCAGUGUUAGAAUCUGUGCUGUAGCCUGACACUCAAACUAACUAAGUAAUUGCUUUAUUUUAACUUAGUUAUCAUUUCUAUACCUGUUCUUAUUCAUGGUACAAUCACAAAUUGUGUCUUCUUGCAACUGAGUUACACAGCUGAUAAAAUAAAUUAUAAAUGUCUUGAUAACGGAUGGAUGUUUCUAAGCUCAGACUGUAAAAAAAAAAAGUCAAACAAUCCCAGACGUCUUUGUCAGGAUACAACACUGCAUCCCGUUCUUGGGUCCAUCAGAGCCGUAAAGCCUCGUUCUCUGUGUCGCGCCGCCGCCGUUUUGUCUGCAGCUCAACAUCUCCUUCAUUCAGAAUGACUGAAAGUUGUGACUCCUCGCUCCGUCUCCUCGGCAACCAUCACCACCGCACACAUUCAAGCUGAACACCAACCCCAUCUGGGACAUGGGCCUGACUCAUUAGCAUUUUGCAGCCUUUGAUUGGUGUUUAAGGAGGGUGGAAGGGGGGCGGGGGGACAACGGGGUGGUGGGGGUGGGCACCUUGUCUUGUAAAUGUAAAUUAUUACACCACACACUUGGUGCUAUCUAUAUGUAUUUAUUAGACAAAAAUAAGGAUAGAAAGUAUGCUAAAGAAAGCUAUGUCUUGGACAAAAAAAAAAAAAAAAA